AUGUCUUUGGUGCAGCCCUAUGGAAAGCCUGAUUUGUUCAUCACAAUGACAUGCAAUGUAAAUUGGCCAGAGAUCAAGAAUGAGUUGGCUGUUGGAGAAGAAACUCAGAAUCGUCCAGAUUUGGUUGCAAAAAUUUUUUGUGCCAAGCUACUAGCAUUGAAGAAACAUAUUAUGGAAAAACAAGUGUUCGGAGAUGUUGCUGCAAUUGUUUAUAUUGUUGAAUUUCAGAAGUGGGGUCUACCACAUGCCCAUAUGCUCAUCAUUUUGAAGCCCGCUUUCAAGAUUAAAUGUCCGACACACUUUGAUAGAUUCAUUUGUGCUGAAAUCCCAACACAAGAUAAUCCUCACCUCAGGAAGAGUAUUCUUAAGCACAUGAUGCAUGGUCCGUGUGGCCACCUGAACCCUAGAUGUCCGUGUAUGAAGCAUCUAAAGAGCAAGGGGUCUUGCAAGUAUGUAUAUCCAAAACAGUUUCGCAUUGAGACGACAAACAAUGGUGAUGGUUAUCCGAUGUACAAGAGACGGUAUAUUGGUGACAGUGCUUCUAUACGCAAAGCAACAUUAGAUAACAGAUGGGUAAUACCAUAUAACCCUUGUCUUUCAUCCCUGUUUGAUUGUCACUUAAACGUAGAAGUAUGCUCGACAAUUGAAGCAGUGAAGUACUUAUAUAAGUACGUUUACAAGGGGCAUGACAAGAUCUCCUUCAAUGUUGUGCAUAAAGGCGAGGUUGACACUAUUGAUGAGAUAGAGCAUUACCAGUCAGGGAGGUGCACAAAGUUAUUUAUACGGCGAAUUCACAGAGCACAUAGGUGGGAUCUUUCUUCAAAGGAAUGGGUUAAGAGGAAAAAUAAGGUGAUUGUCAUUGGUAGGCUCACAUUUGUAGCUCCAACAGAGGGAGAAAGAUAUUUUUUGAGGUUAUUGCUUCUGAAUAUACGAGGGCCGCGGUCAUUUGAAGACCUUUUAACAGUAUAUGGGUGUAGAUGUGCAUCCUUUCAAGAAGCAGCUAUUAAGCUCAGGUUGCUAGAAGAAGAUGAUGCAAUUGAUAAGUGCUUAGCUAAGGCAUGUGAAGUACAAAUGCCUCCUGCUAUCCGUCGCCUUUUCUCAACUGUCCUGAUUUUUUGCCAACCAAGUGAGCCAAAUGCAUUGUUUAUGCUGCCCUCUUAG